GCAUGCGCUGUUAUCUGUUUGUAUUUGCGACGAAACGAAACGACUUACGACGGUACGGCCGAGCCCGUCCACGAUAGUCACCGGAAGGACAAAGACCUGAGGUCUCUUCAUUGUCGCCCCGCCUGAAAGUGAGGAGGGCCACCUGCUUUCUGGCAUGGCCGACCCUCUCAGGGGUCAGGUUAUGAGGCUUUACAAGACGCUGCUGUAUCUUGGCCGCGAGUACCCCCAGGGAGCCGCUUAUUUCAGAGAGCGGCUGAAGUCCGCUUUCAUGAAGAAUAAAGACGUCACCGACCCCGAAAAUAUCCAGAAGCUGGUGGCCCGCGGAGACUUCGUCAUCAAGGAACUGGAGGCUCUGUAUUUCCUCAGGAAAUAUCGAGCCAUGAAGAAGAGGUACUACGAACCAGAAAAAUAACAACGCAACGUGGACGGAAACGUACAGUCACAUCAGUAGCGCUUCAAUGAAAGCAGAAACGGUUGUCCUCACAGGACGAUCCAUAACGUGAUGACGCUGUUACAGAAUGUGCAUUGUAUUUUUUAUACCAGACGUGUAACUUAAAGGCGAGUGUUUUAAUUACUGUAUUUAUAUGUUAAUAUUACAGCUACCCCUCCAACACAUUUCUAACUGUCGGACGCCUCGGUGUCUGACUGACUGAACCUUAUUGUACAAUGUAUAUUCCGUGUAUAUAUUUGUAAUUACGUGUUCAGACGUAUUGAGUGAAUGUACAUGACUGUCAAUGCACUAUUGAUUGGAACAUGAGUAGUAUUUUAAAACGGUGAUGCCUUGUGUCAAAAUACGAACAAUCUCCAACAAUUUAACUUUUACUGUCAUUGUAUUUAUGAGAUCAAAAAGAUGGAAAUUAAAAUCUCUUGGCAUGCAAA